AUGGAAGACUUAGAUACAAUGACAGCUGCUACAGUGGGCUUGUUAAACCACUCAGUUACAAAUACUGAGUCAAUGGCCAUUGUAAUCUCUCCCAAUGUCUUCUACACAUUUGCAGAACUACUCAUUGCUUUCCUCUCCAGUGUGGGUAAUAUAUUUGUCUGUAUUGCUGUUAUGAAAAACAGAAGACUAAGAACAGUCACAAAUUACUUCUUGGUGUCCCUGGCAAUAGCAGACAUCUGUGUGGGAGCAAUAGCUAUUCCUUGUGCUAUAAUGACUGAUGUGGGCAUUCCAAGAUUUAAUAUAUAUCUCUGUCUGCUAAUGUUGUCAGUUCUAAUCAUGCUUACCCAAAGUUCUAUUUUCAGUUUACUGGCUGUAGCUCUAGAGCGGUACAUUUCUAUUUUUUUUCCCUUUCAAUAUCAGACCAUCAUGACACCGAAGAAUGCUAUCAUCAUCAUAGUAAUCACCUGGAUAUUAGCUUUCCUGAUAGGUUUAGUGCCCUUAAUGGGAUGGCACAAACAAGCCCCCAAUAGCGGGUAUUGUUUUUUUGUUUUUGUAGUAGAUAUGACAUACAUGGUGUACUUUAACUUCUUUGGCUGUGUGCUGAUUCCACUCAUUAUGAUGUUCCUGAUCUAUGCUCAAAUAUUUAUAGCAGUGAAAAACCAGAUUCGCCGCAUGACUGCCAGUAAUAUUAAGAGCAAAGCACAAGAAAAACAAGCAGACCGUAUCAAAAAAGAAAUGAAGACAGCCACAUCACUCUUUCUAGUGCUUUUUCUUUUUGCAGUCUGUUGGAUUCCUUUGCACAUAAUAAACUGUUUCAUUUUGCUCUGCCCAGAAUGCUCAGUACCUCUGCCACUUCUUUUAACUGCUAUAAUUCUGUCCCAUGCAAAUUCUGCAGUUAACCCCAUUCUCUAUGCCUACAAAAUGAAAGCUUUCCGUAGGACAUUUAAAGCAAUAUUUUUAUGCUUAAGCAAUGUGGUAGAGCCCGAGGAUGAUUUAGAAGACCCAGUGGUACUACAUUAAUUGUACACAUUGUCCAGUUGUAUAACAGACAAGGAAAUCUCACAAAGACUUUUAAAG